CAGUGUCGGCAGAGGUUGGUUUAGUGCGCGAGCUGCUGUAAGAGAUGAGCGCGACUUUCAGUGGUAUUAAAAAACUUUAUUACCUCCUAAACGCGCUGAGGCGCUUCUUGUUAUCUCCUUAUGUUAUACUUUCGUUUCUCGGAGUCCUACUAAAGCUCAUUUCAGUACGAGGAUGAAGAGAUGUGGCUCCUUCUCGGGUAGUCGUUCACGUCUGUUUGUUAGUGUGCGAUUUGUUCCUGGAGACAAGAAUUAACGCGCCUCACGUUAUAGGGCGUCGUCAGAGUUGGAACUGAACCUCAAGCACCAAGUUCUCUGUGGCAGCAGAUGGCAGAUUGUGUGACUAAGGUUGAACUGAGUGUCUGCUGUGAGAACUUACUGGAUAGAGAUGUCACUUCCAAAUCAGAUCCACUGUGUGCACUGCUAAUGAAUGUUGGUGGAAAUCAGUGGGUUGAAAUUGAUCGCACAGAGAGAAUUAACAACUGCCUGUCUCCAAAGUUCGCAAAGAAAUUCCUGAUAGAUUACUGCUUUGAGCAAGUCCAGAAACUGAAGUUUGGAAUUUACGAUAUAGACAAUAGAACGAUUGAUUUGAGUGAUGAUGACUUCUUGGGAGAGCUGGAAUGUACUCUGGGACAGAUUGUAUCCAGCAAAAAACUGACCAGACCUCUUGUGCUGCGAAGUAGAAGACCAGCAGGAAAAGGAACUAUCACGAUUUUUGCAGAGGAAGUGAAGGAUAGCCGGGUGGUAAACUUUGAAGCUCAAGCACGGAAUCUGGAUAAUAAGGAUUUCUUCGGGAAGUCAGAUCCUUAUUUAGAAUUCUACAAACAGACUGAAGAUGGAAGAUGGCAAAUGGUGCAUCGAACAGAGGUAAUAAAGAAUAACUUGAAUCCAAGUUGGAAACCAUUUAGAAUUCCUUUGCGGUCUCUGUGUAAUGGGGACUUAGAGAGAUCUAUCAAGGUGGAUUGUUAUGACUAUGACAAUGAUGGAUCACAUGAUCUAAUUGGUAUAUUUGAGACUAAUAUGACUAAGCUACUGGAAGCUUCCUACAAUUCACCGGCAGAGUUUGAGUGUAUUAAUCCAAAGAAGAAACAGAAAAAGAAAAAUUACAAAAACUCGGGAAUAGUGAGUUUUAAAUUUUGUCAGAUUGUGAAAGAGUACACUUUCUUGGAUUACAUCAUGGGUGGCUGUCAGCUGAACUUUACUGUCGGAAUUGACUUCACUGCAUCUAAUGGAGAUCCACGUACACCCAACUCUCUACAUUUUAUAAACCCUAAUGGAUUUAAUGAAUACCUGAUGGCCAUCUGGUCUAUUGGGACAAUCAUUCAAGACUAUGAUACAGACAAGUUAUUUCCAGCAUUUGGAUUUGGUGCACAAAUACCUCCAACCUGGCAGGUAUCGCAUGAGUUCCCACUUAACUUCAACCCUGAAAACCCAUUUUGUGGAGGAGUCCAAGGUAUAGCUGAUGCCUACCGCAACUGCCUUCCUCAAGUCAGGUUAUAUGGACCCACAAACUUCUCUCCAAUAAUAAACCAUGUGGGAAGAUUUGCAACUGUAGCAGCACAACAGCAUAAAGCCUCACAAUAUUUCAUCCUGUUGAUCAUCACAGAUGGCGUGAUAACAGAUUUAGAUGAAACAAGACAGGCCAUUGUGAAUGCUUCUAAGUUGCCAAUGUCCAUCAUUAUUGUUGGUGUUGGUGGAGCAGAUUUUAGUACCAUGGAAUUUCUGGAUGGCGAUAAUGGUGUUCUCAGAUCACCGACUGGAGAAGUGGCAAUCCGGGAUAUUGUCCAGUUUGUGCCAUUUAGAAAAUUUCAAAAUGCACCCAAAGAAGUUCUUGCACAAAGCGUACUGGCUGAAUUACCUCAGCAAGUGAUGUCCUACUUCAACACUUGCAAACUCAGUCCACCGAAUGAGCCAAGUGUUUAAAUAUCUGAAUGUUUGGUCUGAUUUCAGUCAUGAUCUACAAAUAUUGGAGUGAAAAAUGUUCAAUCCUACAGUAUUAGCCACUAAAAACUUUUAUGACAUAUUUUAUAUAAAAGUGUUUCAAAUGUAUAUGAAUCUAAAUUCAAUUACGUGUUAAUAUUUUGAAUAACCUUGAUAAAACAGUAUAAUGACAUUUGUCAAGGUUUAACUAAAUUGCAUGAUUUUACAAUAUUGUGUGAAUCAAUGCAAUAACGGUUUAUUAGCUGUCUAGUUUGUGGCAUCUCUCGCACCCUUGGUCCUUUACGUUUGCAGUUCUUUGAGUUGUACCUGUUCUGUUGAAAAGUUAUCUGUCUAUUUUAUGAAUACUAAAGGCUACUUUCUGGUUUUAAUUUUCACUCC